AUAAACGAUCAAGUAAAGGAUUGGAUCCCGGUGGAUCUCCUUACACGCGCACGACCUGUUGUGUCUUUGCGGGAAAAGACAAGCGCGUCCCCGCGCGAGGAAGAGGAGGAGAAAGAACGUCCAACAACUCGGACCCACGCACACUGAGCAACAUCUCCUCCAUGGACUCGCCGCCACCGCCGCCGCCGCUGCUGCCGCUGCGCUCCCCCGGUGGCCAUCCAGGCAAGUCGGGCUCCAGUCAGUAGAUCCUCCCCGCCCAGCAGUCAGCACGAAGGUGGCCGCCGGCCGCCGGACUAACCGGUCGCAGCCAUGCCGAUGCACCCCAUCACCUCCACGCUCAUGUACCGGGGGAUGUGCACCAUCCCGGACAUCCUCAACUACAGCGCCCCGGUCAACCUGCCCGAGGACGAGGUUGAAGAGAUUCGCGAGGCCUUCAAAGUGUUUGACCGCGACGGCAACGGCUUCAUCUCCAAGCAGGAGCUGGGCAUGGCCAUGCGCUCCCUGGGCUACAUGCCCAAUGAGGUGGAGCUGGAGGUCAUCAUCCAGAGACUGGACAUGGACGGUGACGGCCAGGUGGAUUUUGAGGAGUUUGUCACCCUUUUGGGACCCAAGCUGACGGCGGCCGGGAUGCCGGACAAGUUCAACGGCACCGACUUUGACUCGGUUUUCUGGAAGUGCGACAUGCAGAAGCUGACGGUGGAGGAGCUCAAGCGUCUCCUCUACGACACAUUUUGCGACCAUCUGUCCAUGAAGGACAUCGAGAACAUCAUCAUGACGGAGGAGAACCACAUCGAGAACCCUGAGGACUGCCAGGUGGAUAUAGACAGUUCCAGCCCAACGCAACAAGUCAAGCAAACAUGCGUCCGCAAGAGUCUCAUCUGCGCCUUCGCCAUCGCCUUCAUCAUCAGCGUCAUGCUCAUCGCCGCCAAUCAGGUGCUGCGGAGCGGCAUGAAGUAGCAGGCCGCGUCCCGUGAGUCCCAUGAGAUGAGACUGUGGGACACCAAGACGAAGAAGAAGACGAAGAAGAAGAAGAAAACAGGGGACGACAAAGACGUUUUUCCAAGGUGUACAAAAACACAUGUCCACACAUCACUCCUCGUUAUCGUCGUGCUCGUUAGCGGUGGCAGCUCUACAAGAGACGUGUCGUGUGACUGUCCACUCGUGUUUUUGUGUGCCAUGCGCUCAUUCCGAGAAUACUGUGUGGAAUACUGCAGGGGACGUUCGGAACGUAUUGCCAGUGAAGCUCCAACCGAGGAUGGCUGCAGCGCAACAUUCCACCGCAAGGGGGCGCCAGGCGAGCCUCGGACUAAUUCAUCUAUGCAUGACAUGCAUGGACUGUAACAGCCGUCUUUGUUUGUAAACGUUCUUAUCAACGUUGUGAUGAUCUCGACUGUGUUCUAAUACCAAACUGUGAGCGUGUGUGUGUGUGUGUGUGUGUGUGUGUGUGUGUGCGAACAGGAAGGGCUGUUCUACUUCAUGCUGUUCAGAAUCAUUUCUGCGAAGAUCGUAAGACGUCCGAGAGAAGCCCCGCUAAGCGUGUGUUUACAGUUUAGCAUCCCGUCGGACGCUGUUAGCCUCAAGCAAACACGCACAGCAGUGUCACGUUGUUCCUGCGGGUCGCUGGGAAGCAAUAAGCGAAGACGGCGUCCGUCCGUCCGUCCGGCAGCGCAUCGAGUAAACCGAUUCUCGAAGAUGCUACAAAGAAAUGCUAACUGAAAGAAAGUCGGUCUCGAUAUUCCAACAGGGGGGGCAAAUAUGUUGCAAUAAAUACUUUGGAACGUAAAUUUAUGCUCAAAUUGUGGCAACAUGUGCUAAAACAAGCUACUGUGGAAUGUGCAAAUAACACGCAAACAUUCGCUAAUUCGCUAGCAUACGCUCAACACAUGCUAAUGUUUGCUAACAUGAACAAAUACGUGCACGAAUAUGCACUUCAUAAGCGAUAACGUGCUAUCAUGGCAGUGCAUAUCCCCCACAUGUCGACGUGCGAAGCUACCAUCCGCUACCGCAAUGCGUACCCGGAACGCAAUCGAUGCCACCAUUGCACGAGAACUACGUCCAUUUUUCCUUUUCCAUUUUUCCAAAUUUAUCAUGCUGUGGUAAUAUUUUUUAAAUAUACGUAUGACCAUAAAUGGUCAAUAAAAAUAUUAUUUAUUUUAUUUAUUAAAUAUUAUUUAUUAUUUUAUUAGCGACUCUUGUUAAUAUAUUUCGUUAGCACGUCGACUGAGCUACGUAAAAAACAUACGCAAUGCAGACGUAAACGUCAUAUCCGGUUAUGUAUAAAAUACACAAAUAAACACAAUAAAACACAUAAAAAUGCAGUGAUAUUUAAAUGUAAACAAACAUAAGCACAGUGUUUUUUUUAAUAUAUAUAUAUAUAUAUAUAUAUAUAUAUAUAUAUAUCAAUUGAGAAAUAUCAUCCAUCCAAACAUAUUUCCCUAGAAAAUGAGUUUGUGUGUAUUCUUUCAUUGGCGAAUUUAAUUUUUUUUAAAAUAAAAUUAUAAUAAUUUAUUUAAUAAUAAAUAAUUAUUUAUGAAAAAUUAAUUAAUUAAUUAAUAAUUUAUUUAAUAAUUUAUAAAAAACAAUAAAAUGUUUUAUAAUUUUUUAUAAAUUUUCCACUUGAACCACGGAUAUAAGAAAAAAAUAAUAAGAUUAUAAUAAGAAAUAAUAAUCUGUUAAUAAUCUUUUAAUUACACUUACCUAACAUGUGACUUCAAAAAAAAAAAAAAUGGCCGACCAGAUGUAUAGAUGCAUUCCGCACACGCUUUGAACCGAUUGCCUUCCGGCUACGUAUUGCGUAUUCACAGGCACUAACAUCAGCUAGCAUGCUUAAAUGCGCAUGACGUUUGCAUUUAGAAUGUGCUAACACUAGUAUACCAACACAUGCUAGCAUGUGCUAAUUAAUACACUAACAUUCCAAAACCUUUUCUAGUACUAAUAACAUGUCUACACGUGCUAAGCUGUGGUAACAUUCACUGACGUGCUAAAGCAUGCUAACAUUUGCUAAUACGCUAACAUUGCAAAACCUUCACGAUCAUAUUCAUUAGAUGCAUACUGUACCUUUGCAUGCUAACAUGCUUGUUUACACAACAUUUCAACACUUGCUACAUGUGCUAACAUACACUAGUAUACCAAAACAUGCUUACAUGUGCUAACUAAUAUGCUAACAUCCCAAAACCUUCUUUAAUACUAACAUGCUUAUACAUGCUAAGAUGUGCUAAUGUUCACUGACGUGGCAAAGCAUGCUAACAUUUGCUAACUAAUACUCUAACAUUACAAAACCUUCACUAUCAUAAUAAUUAGAUGCUUACUGUACCUACGCAUGCUAACAUGCUCGUGUACAUGACGUUCAAACACUUGCUAACAUGCACAAACAUACCAUCUGCUAACUAACUGCUAACAAACUAAAGCACUAACACAAGCUAAUUUGCUUAAAUGCGCAUGACGUUUGCAAGAACGUGCUAUCACUUACUAGAAUGUGCGAACGUACAUGUGCUAACUAAUAUGCUAACACUCCAAAACCUUUUACUAAAACAUGUUGGUAAUAUCUGCUGACGUGGCAAAGCAUGCUAACAUUUACUAACUAAUAGUCUAACAUUGCAAAAUAUUCACUAACAUGCCUUAAACACAUCCUGUACCUAUGCAUGCUAACAUGUGCUAACGUGUGCCACACUAACACUUGCUACAAUUAACAUACCAACACAGACUAGCAUGUGCUAACUAAUACAUGUCGACAUGCUAAAGUGCGCUGCCCUGCUCAACAUUCAAUCGGCACAGACACAAGCUAACAUGCUUAAAUGCGCAUGUUUGCAAGAACGUGCUAACACUUGCUAGAAUGUAAACAUGUACCGACAUGCUCACGCUAACAUGCGCUGCUACCUUAACAUUCUUAAACCUUCUGUAACAUUAAACAUAUACUUACAGAUGCUUAGCUGUGCUGACGCUGAUGUGGCGCUAACACAGGCUAACAUGUGCUAUUACGCUAACAAUUCACUAAUAUGCACUAAACAAAUAAUUACACAUGCUAAGAUGUGGUCGUGUGGCAAAGCAUGCUAACAGGCUCCAACACUGAACAGACGCUACUACGUGGUAACAUUGAUGUGGCAAAGCAUGCUAAGCAUGCUAGCAUGCUAGGUGCAACCACUUGUUAGAAUGUUGCAAGCUAAACUAACAUACAUUACCAGCACAGACUAACACUACACAUGCUAACAUGUUCAUUCAUUCAUUCAUUUUCUACCACUUUGCUGGAGCCUAUCCCUAACACUAACUAACACAAGCUAACAUAUUUUAGCAUGAUUAUAAUCACAUGACAUUCAGACGCUUGCUAAAAUAUGUUAACAUACAGUACCAACACAGGCUAACGUGAGCUACAUGUGCAUAUUGCUAACAUUCCAAAACCAUGUCUAACACUAAACACAUACUUAGACUUUUUUAGAUAUGCUAACAUUUGCUAAUGUGGCAUAGCAUGCUAACAUACACCAACAUUGAAUGGGCGCUACCAUGAACUAACAUAUAACAGUGCACAGUACAUGUGUUAAAAUGUGCUGUCAUGCAUGCUAGCAUGCGCCUACAUGCUAACACAUGCUAACAUAUGCUAACAUAUCUUUCAUAAAAUGCCUAUGUGGGUGAACAUGGACUGUGAUGAUAGCACAUGCUAAGUUGUUUUGCCAUGCAAACAUGCUCACAUGUCCACAAGCACAUGCCAACACAUACUAGCACGAGCUAACAUGCGCUAACAUAUGCUAUCAUGGUAAUGUAGGUCGACAUGGUGAACGAGUGCUAACAUUCCAAAACCAUGUCUACAUACUUGGACUUUUUUAGAUAUGCUAACAUUUGCUAAUGUGGCAUAGCAUGCUAACAUACACCAACAUUGAAUGGGCGCUACCAUGAACUAACAUAUAACAGUGCACAGUACAUGUGUUAAAAUGUGCUGUCAUGCAUGCUAGCAUGCACCUACAUGCUAACACAUGCUAACAUAUGCUAACAUAUCUUUCAUAAAAUGCCUAUGUGGGCGAACAUGGACUGUGAUGAUAGCACAUGCUAAGUUGUUUUGCCAUGCAAACAUGCUCACAUGUCCACAAGCACAUGCCAACACAUACUAGCACGAGCUAACAUACGCUAACAUAUGCUAUCAUGGUAAUGUAGGUCGACAUGGUGAACGAGUGCUAACAUUCCAAAACCAUGUCUAACACUAAACACAUACUUGGACUUUUUUUUACAUAUGCUAACAUUUGCUAAUGUGGCAUAGCAUGCUAACAUACGCCAACAUUCAAUGGCCGCUACCAUGAACUAACAUAUAACAGUGCACAGUACAUGUGUUAAAAUGUGCUGUCAUGCAUGCUAGCAUGCGCCUACAUGCUAACACAUGCUAACAUAUGCUAACAUAUCUUUCAUAAAAUGCCUACGUGGGUGAACAUGGACUGUGAUGAUAGGACAUGCUAAGUUGUUUUGCCAUGCAAACAUGCUCACAUGUCCACAAGCACAUGCCAACACAUACUAGCACGAGCUAACAUACGCUAACAUAUGCUAUCAUGGUAAUGUAGGUCGACAUGGUGAACGAGUGCUAACAUUCCAAAACCAUGUCUAACACUAAACACAUACUUGGACUUUUUUAGAUAUGCUAACAUUUGCUAAUGUGGCAUAGCAUAGCAUGCUAACAUACACCAACAUUGAAUGGGCGCUACCAUGAACUAACAUAUAACAGUGCACAGUACAUGUGUUAAAAUGUGCUGUCAUGCAUGCUAGCAUGCACCUACAUGCUAACACAUGCUAACAUAUGCUAACAUAUCUUUCAUAAAAUGCCUAUGUGGGCGAACAUGGACUGUGAUGAUAGCACAUGCUAAGUUGUUUUGCCAUGCAAACAUGCUCACAUGUCCACAAGCACAUGCCAACACAUACUAGCACGAGCUAACAUGUGCUAACAUAUGCUAUAAAACUAAAAGUAUCGCACAUGAUUUUCUUACAUAAUAACGCGAUAACAAGAAUGUCAGCUGUUAAUAAAUAUAGUCAUAAAAGUGACAAAAUAAUCCAUGCCCUCAUAAAUCAUUUUAUUUUGCACUUUACAAUAAACUGCAGCGCACAACAAUUGAUUGUUGAUCCAUAUGAAAAAUAAUAAAGUUAUUAUUAUUUGGUCUCCCGUCAUCAAUGAGUGCGCAUUCAGGAAUAAAGUUAGUAAUAAUUUCAUUUGUUGCCUUAUUCUUUGACACAUCAAAAUUUAUAAGUUAUUAAUAUUUAUUUUCCUUUCUACAGACUAAAGUAAAAAAAAUAAUAAUAAAAUGUCCGUCGGUCGUAUGAACGUUGUUUUCAUGUUUACAACUGGACUUGACUUUCUGUCUGUGUAUUACUGUCUGUUUUAUGGUGUUUACUCCUCAAUUGAACCAAAUAAUA